AUGAGCCCAAAAACCCUCGCCCUUCUCCAGUUACGACAGCUCACGCGAGGCCUAACUGGUGCUGCCUCGCGGAGCUUUGUCACCACAGCUAAAUGCGCGAGAGCCUCGAGGACCGAAAACUCAUUGAUAUCACGUCUACUUGAUACAACUGAGUUAAAUGACUCCAAUGAAAUUGGAAAAGUUCGAAAGAAGAACGGAAACUCCGUCAAAGGAUAUAAUAUCAACAAAUUCAAUAAGCACAACCCGACUACAUUAGAAACAACGGAGCCUGCGAGUGCACUAGUCGAAUAUGAUAAGACGACACUGCAAUAUCCGCAACGAGAUGACCUUAACUUGCCACACUACUACCUUCGUGAUCUCUGUAAAUGCGUGCAGUGUGUAGACCCGCACUCAAAGCAACGGUCUUUCCGCACAAACGACAUUCCAGAAGAUAUCUAUCCUCGAGAAGUCAAAUGGGACGGCGAAGAUCUCCAAGUGAGCUGGAAGAACGACAUCCCAGGAUAUAACGAGGAGCACGUCUCCCGCUGGAACUGGCGAGAUCUAGCAGCACCUGCGUGGGACACGCACGAUCACACUUCCUGGGACAUGGCACCACUCAAAUGGAGCAGCGAUAUAAUGCAUAAGUUGCAGCACUGGGUCUCGUACGAGGACUAUAUGAACGAUGACGCAAAAUUCGCCAGCGCAAUGCGCAAUAUCCAACGUCUGGGCUUACUGUUCGUCAAGGACAUUCCCAAAUCACGAGAAAUGGUAGAAAAAAUCGCAACGCGGAUGGGACCGCUACGCAACUCUUUCUACGGGUCAACGUGGGAUGUGCGCACAGUGCCCGAGGCCAAGAAUGUGGCGUACACAAACCAGUUCCUGGGCUUCCAUAUGGACCUGAUGUAUAUGAAUGAGCCGCCAGCGUACCAAUUACUGCACUGCCUAGAGAAUUCAUGCGACGGAGGCGAGUCUUUAUUCGCAGAUUCCUUCUACGCAGCACAACUAAUGAAAACACACUGUUUAACCGAGUUCAAAACACUCACGCGAACACAACUCAGCUACGAGUAUGUCCACGAGGACCAGACCUACUACAACACCUGGCCUGUGAUUGAACUGAAUGAGAAGACAAAGGAGGUUCACCGCGUGAACUACUCGCCCCCUUUCCAAUCUGCCUUGCCCGGUGGAGGAAAAGGCGUAGAGAGUUUUGCUCUGAUGAAGCGAGCUCUAGACCUAUUCACGUCGCAGAUUGAAUCACAAUCUUCAGUGUAUCAACUUAAGCUCAAGCCUGGCGAAUGUGUCAUCUUCGCUAAUCGGCGCAUCGUUCAUGCGCGCAAUCAGUUCAGCACCGCUACUGGUUCGCGGUGGUUGGCGGGAGCAUAUGUUGAUGAAGACGCUGUGCUCUCGCGCUUUGCUGUGAGCCGGAAGAAGAAUCCUGCUGAAUGGAUUAUGAAUGACCCGUUCAAUUCAUCCCAUUAA